UUUUGGUCUAGGUUCUCGGUGAGGCUGCAACAAAAGGAUUGGGAGAAGUUAGCAAAAGGAGAUAUUUUUAGCCGCUUUUUGUCCCUUUUUCGUCACGUGUUGUGCGUUAAUUCAUGUUAGGAUGAACUCGUCAAGUGGAGGGAUGGUGACAACAUGAGUUAAAUACAAAACUGCUGCUGGGGAAGACAUAUUUGUAGUGUUAGAAAGAACGAUAGCAGAAUAGGAGGAGGAACAAAAUAUCAACGUCAACUGCACACAGAACAGCCGGCAAAAAUGACGGGCGUUGUUGGGAUUAGACCUGCUGACGGUCCCCAUCACCUUGACCAGGAGGAGCCACAGACCCCCCACAUUAAAGAAGAAGAGGAGGAUUACAGCAUCGGCCAGGAGGGGGAACACCCUGAAGAACUGGAGGAGUUACCAGUGAUUUGUGUCCUGGUGAAGAGUGAAGGUGAUGAGGUCAGAGGUGAAGGUGAGGCGAAGAGGAGAGGGGCGGAGCCUCCAAGCAGCAGCUGGACUCAACACAUGACGAGAGAAGCUGAUGGUGGAGGAUCACAAGCUCCACUAUCAGAGAGUGACGAGACGACGUCUCACUCUGCUGACACUGACGAAGAUGAAGACUCUAAAGCUGCUCCAACGCGUCACGCUGACAACACUCGCUGGAAAUGCUCUCAGUGUGACAAAACUUUUGGCCAUAAAAAGAAUCUGAAAAGACACGCGAGAUACCACACGGGUGAGAAACCUUUCGCCUGCUCAUUCUGCAGCCAAGGAUUCUAUGAAAAGGCGCAUUUGGUCACACACACCAGAAUACACACGGGAGAGAAACCGUUCUCAUGCACAGUCUGCAAGCGGAUAUUCUGCGAUCGGUCAGCGUGGGUCGUGCACCAGAGAACGCACACGGGAGAGAAACCUUUUGCCUGCCCAAUUUGCGAGAAAAGGUUCCCUCGCCGGGAGAACCUGAGGACACACACGAGAACGCACACCGGAGAGAAACCUUUCAUCUGCCUAGUCUGCAAAACGAGCUUCACCGUUCGUUCAACGUUGGUCCAACACAUGAGAACGCACACUGGGGAGAAACCUUUUGCCUGCUCUGUGUGCGGAGUGAGAUUCUCUCAAAAUACACAUUUAAAAAGGCACUUGAGAACGCACACUGGGGAGAGACCUUUUACUUGCUCGGUCUGCAAUCAAAGCUUCUCUGUAAAAGCAAGUUUGAUGUCGCACAUGAGAACACACACUUGACAGAGAGGAUGUGUCGUUGCCAUGGUGACCGUAGGCUGCUAUGAUGCUUAAAAUAGACUUGUAUGCCGCUUUUUUCUUGACUCGGUUCUGGGUUUAGAACUUUAGAGCAAUGACAUACAUUGAACAUUUCUUGACUUGAACAAGUUUGUCACACAUUCUUACUUGUACGCAACACAAGAUAUAGUAAGAUGUACACUCCAUCCAAAAUAACUCUAAUGUUGACCUAAAGUGCGAGUUUAAACUGCAAUAAAAUAAAA